GGUAUUUUAAUUAGAAUAAUGGAACUAAAAUAUAAAUUCGAAAGAAAUAUUUAGAAGGAAGUAAAUAUUCAAGUUGAGCUAUGGACUAUAAAUAUUUCAUACUUUGGUUUAUCCAGAAUUGUAUACCAUAAAUCAAAUUGGCAAAAUUUCCUUUGUGCUAUGUAUAUUUCCUUCAGCUUCACCUGAAAAACCUUCAAAGAGAUCAUAUUCUUCUGUCCUCCCAAAGCUUAAGGUCUAACGAGUACUACUACUACAAGUCUACAACUACCAACACUACGAGCAUUAGAACUGAUUUCCAACAUCAAAACUCAAAAACCAAUCGAAGUUGGUCUUGCAUUCAAACAAGAAAAAAUGGGUUCCAAGUUACAGAUAAAAACAGAAUACAAAGAUGAAGAUACAGAAGAUGAACCUGUGUCUCCUACAGGGCAAUACUUCAACAGCAAGACCAUGUCAGUUCGUGUCCUUGGAAUUUUGGAGUCCGAAAUUUCUAUUGAUACUUCCUGCGCUGUUCCACUACUACAAGAGCUCUUUCUUCCCAUCAAUCCAAGAUUUUCAUCCAUUAUGGUAUCUGAUAAGAAAGGUGUAAAAAAAUGGAAACGAGUGGAGGUGAACCUUCCGGAUCAUGUCAAUAUUCCAAACUUCCCAGAGGGGUUGUCUCCAGAAGCAUACGAUGACUAUUUUGAUGAAUAUCUGACUGAAAUUGCAAUGAAGCCACUACCAAGUGACAGGCCAUUGUGGGAUAUUCACUUGAUAACAUACCCAACAAGCAAAGCAGCUGGACACCUUAUCUUCAAGCUUCACCAUGCACUUGGUGAUGGCUUCUCUCUCAUGGGAGCACUUCUUUCUUGCAUGCAACGAGCUGAUAAUCCUUCUAUGCCAUUAACAUUUCCAAUGCUUCAACCAACUUCAAAAGCUAACAGCAAACCUGUGGAUGAUGUUGGCUGUCUGCCAAAAACCUUGUCUGUAACCUACAAUACAACCUGUGAUUUUGGAUGGAGUUUUCUCAAGAGUAGUUUAAUUGCUGAUGAUAAGACACCAAUUCGAUCUGGGGGUGACGGCGUUGAAUUCCAUCCAGUACAGAUCUCUACAAUCGCAUUGUCGCUGGAUCAAAUCAAACAAAUCAAAACCAAUAUAGGAGCGACAAUAAAUGAUGUGCUUACUGGCAUAAUUUUCUUUGGAACGCGAUUAUACAUGCAAGCAACAGGCAGAGAUUUUUGCAAUUCUGAAUCAACAGCACUAGUGCUGCUCAACACUAGAAACAUCGAUGGUUACAAGUCCAUACACGAAAUGGUGAAAAAUGACUCUGAAACAAAAUGGGGAAACCAGUUUGCUUUUAUGCACGUCGCACUUCCUGCCUUAAUCGAUAAUAAAUCUUCGACCCCCCUUGAAUUUAUCUCUGAAGCAAAGGAAAUCAUUAAGAGGAAGAAAAAUUCUUUGGGUGUCUAUCUCACUGGUCAGAGCCUGGAGCUUAUAAGGAAAUGUAGAGGUCCUGAGGUGGCAGCUCAGUUUAUCCAUAGUACAUUGCAAAAAUCAACGAUGACAGUCUCAAGUAUGAUUGGUCCAGUGGAAAAAAUGGCCUUAGCAAAUCAUGAAUGCAAAGGAUUGUAUUUCAUGGUCGUUGGCGUCCCUCAGAGCCUAACGAUAACAGUUCUAAGUUACAUGCGGACAAUAAGGAUUGCAAUAGGCGUGGAAAAAGGCUAUAUAGAUGAGCAGAAGUUCAAAUCAUGCAUAGAGAAUGCUUUUCAGCUUAUAUACAAAGCAGCCGUUAAAAACUAACACCUAUGAUGAAUGAUGACAGAGAAUUAGCUUUGGAUGUAUUAUGUAUACUGGCAAGGAAGUAUUUUUUUUUCUCAAAAGAAUAAAAAUUUCGUUCUUAUCGAUGAGAAUAGGAAGCAAAAGAAGAUGCUUACUGUUUCAUUUAUGUAAAACUGCAUUAAUAUUCUUAUUAAAUUGUUGCAAGGAACUCAUCAUUUCCAUGAAACAUUCCCAAGUUUUUGUGAA